UCUUGUCUUCGUCUUCGUACUCCUCUCCGGCUCUCUCUCUCUCUCUCUCUCUCUCGAUCUCGAUCUCGACCAACUAGGGUUUCGCCCUCGGCCCCGUCCGAAUCGCUUCCUCUGCUCGCCGGAUCGGGUUUCUUCCCUCGGAGAGCUCUCCUUCAAGCUCCGCGUCUCGAUAUCUUGUCCGGUAUUUGCCUCCCGGAGACGCGGUUUAGGGUCUUCCCUCGCUCUUCAUGGAUCGCUCGGAGUCUCUCUGAUCCGGCUCCAGGUGGCAUGAACAUGAAGGGGCAUGGUAUUGGGUUGCCUGACUGGACUCUAUAAGUUGUUCAAAUGUUCAAGUUUCAAUUGUUGGCAAGGGUUUUAAUUUGCAUUGGAAGAUCCAAUUUGUGAGGUUUUGGUAAAAGCUCAAGAUUCCUUCUCAUUGACAUUAGAUCAGUUUUGGUCAUCUUAAAGAGUGCAGUGCGUCUGCAGCACUAGACCUCUGUGGAGGUGUCACUGUUCGUCAUACUUGUGGGCCCGAGCUCUUAGGUACCGAUGCUCGGGGAGAGCAUGCGUGGAAUCUGUGUUCCGUGUGAUGCCCCUGACCAGAUUCAGUUCCGAUGCAUUUGGUGUGGUAACCAUUUCGCUCGUCAUUCUUUUUCAUGUCUUGGCUAUACGAUGCAUAUACCAAGUUGUCUAUUUACAAGUACGGAUCCAUCGACGUGAUUUUCUUCAGCUUGGUUACUUCAAUGGGCCCUGGAUUACACGCAUUUUUCUAGUUAUAGUUGCAAUUUGGUGGAGCCUAAGUGAAAUUGCUAGGCUUAGUUUUUUAAAAGGAAGGAUCUUCUCCAGCAUAACAUGGCAGCAAAAUUUUUGCAAGAUCUACAUCCUUUUCAAUCUUGGGUUUUCAGAACCUUCUGUGUUUCUCACGCUUGUGUUCCUACUACGGGCCUCCUUGCGGAGGAGGGAGUUGGGCACUCUAAGCCAAGGAUGGAACAAAAGAACCAUCAGUUAUGUCUUCCUUUACUGCAUUCCAAUUUUUGUCAUGCAAAUUUUUGUGGAUUUUGCUGGACCCAGGUUUUUCAGCGAAGCUAAGAAUGACGGGAGAGCAAAGAAGCUCAACUACUUCACAAAAGCUAGUGUCUUGAUUGGAGAUGAGUGUGUAUGCACUUAUCCUCUCUUUAGCACCAUUCUUCUUGGGCUUUUUCAUGCUGUUCUGAUUAGUUAUGUAUCGUACAUUGGAAUGCAUGUAUUCCUGUCAGUGAUCAACAAACAGCUGCUCCAAAGGCUCUAUUGGUUGGUAUCCUCAGUUAUCUUUUCUCUUCCAGUAAGGGUUCUCCUCCUGGGUUUCUCUGUCCUACCUCAACCGGGCAACUUGGCUUAUGAGCUGAUUGUUUUCUUAGCCUUUCUGGUCAUGUUGUUUUGCACUGUGAUUGGUAUCCUUGUCUUGGUCUACUUCCCAGUGGCAGAUUUAAUGGCCCUGAGAAAGCUAGAGGAAAGAGAGGUGGAAGGGAUGCCCUAUGAUGAUUAUUUCAAUGACAGUGCUUCACUUGUGGCCAACCAGAGCCGUCAUGACACUAGGAGGAGUUCUGAUGUCUCCACAAUGCGUGGGUCCAUAUCUUUUCGCACAAUGAUCAGAGAUGACACCCCUGAUUUGGAUAUCAGUGACGAGACGAACUUGUCCUUUCAUGGUGCUCUUCAUAUUGGUUCGCCUUCAGUUUCUUCUUCAACGCCUGCAAGGCCCAUGCUCCCUCUUAGAGAAGUCCCCAGAUACUAGGAAGAAACUGCAAGUCCACAUACGUCUCCUAUGUUGUUAACUCUACUGAAUUCUGUUUUAUGGUGUUACAAUUUAAAUUUUGAUUGGUGGUGUUUUGUGGUUGGGCACCUUUUCGGAACAUGGUAAAUGUUGAUUACAUCAGCUGAGCUCUAUGUACAGCCCGGGCUGGAAUGUGAAACUAGUAGGGAUGAUGGUGCACUACUGGAGUUGCACUAGUUUAAUUUUAUGAUAGAUUUGCCCA